AUGGGAGCCAAUACAUCAAGCAAACCCCCGGUUUUUGAUGAAAAUGAGGAUGUCAACUUUGACCACUUUGAAAUUCUGCGAGCCAUUGGGAAAGGCAGUUUUGGGAAGGUCUGCAUCGUUCAGAAGAAUGAUACCAAGAAGAUGUAUGCAAUGAAAUACAUGAACAAACAGAAGUGUGUCGAGCGCAAUGAAGUGAGAAAUGUCUUCAAGGAACUGCAGAUCAUGCAGGGUCUGGAGCAUCCUUUCCUGGUUAAUUUGUGGUACUCCUUCCAAGACGAGGAAGACAUGUUCAUGGUGGUGGACCUCCUGCUGGGUGGGGACCUACGGUAUCACCUACAGCAGAACGUCCAUUUCCAGGAAGACACCGUGAAGCUCUUCAUCUGUGAGCUGGCCAUGGCCCUGGACUACCUGCAGAGCCAGCGCAUCAUCCACAGGGAUAUGAAGCCUGACAAUAUUUUGCUUGAUGAACAUGGGCACGUGCACAUCACAGACUUCAACAUCGCCGCCAUGCUGCAGAGGGAGACGCAGAUCACCACCAUGGCCGGCACUAAGCCUUACAUGGCUCCCGAGAUGUUCAGCUCGCGGAGAGAAGCUGGCUAUUCCUUUGCUGUGGACUGGUGGUCUCUGGGAGUGACAGCCUACGAGCUUCUGAGAGGCCGGAGACCGUAUCAUAUUCGCUCCAGUACUUCCAGCAAGGAAAUUGCACACAUGUUUGAGACGGCUAUUGUGCCUUACCCUUCUGCCUGGUCACAGGAAAUGGUGUCACUUCUUAGAAAGCUACUUGAACCUGAUCCAGACCAGCGGUUUUCUCACUUGUCUGACCUUCAGAACUUCCCAUAUAUGAGUGAUGUGAACUGGGAUGCGGUUUUACAGAAGAGGAUCAUUCCUGGUUUCAUUCCUAACAAAGGCAGGCUGAAUUGCGACCCCACCUUUGAGCUCGAAGAAAUGAUUUUGGAGUCCAAACCUCUUCAUAAGAAGAAGAAGCGUCUGGCAAAGAAGGAGAAGGAGAUGCGGAAAUGUGAUUCCUCUCAGAUGUGCCUUCUUCAAGAGCACCUUGAUUCUGUGCAAAAGGAAUUCAUCAUUUUCAACAGGGAAAAAGUAAAAAGGGACUUUAAUAAAAGACAAGCAAAUCUAGCCUUUGAACAGACCAAAGACCCACAAGAAGAAAAUGUUACACUGUGA